UGGUAUUAAUCGGCCAAGCAGAAAGCCCCAGUCCAACCGACAGAGCAGACGAGGCAACGAGAGAGGCAGAAGAGAAGCCCGAUUUCUCCAAUGUCAACACUCUAUUUUCUAAGGCAGUGAAAAUAUAUACAGAUAAUUAACGGCAUGAUAGGACUUUUUCCUGCUGAUUUUUGGUUGGAAGAUUUAUGUUGAACACACGGAUAUCAGAUUCAUUUUUUAAUAGACCAUCUGCCUACACACAGUCGAACCGGCUCAGCGGUGUACAGGCAGCGUGCGUGGGUAACGUCUACCGUACGAUGGAUGGUAUUCUGUGUCAAUGUCGAUCGGUGUGACUAGCUCGAGUCAAGCGUUGAGUCACUGGAUUGUUUCACCAUGAAGGUUUAUUUCUCGACACGUAACGUGAGUAGGCUAAUCAACUAGUCAUCGUACUGAACGGGCUUUCCUGUCACCGCCGGGUUGACACGGGGAAACCUUCGCUUGCUGUGGCCCGAAUUCUUUAUUGGAAUAUUUUUUUUUAACAGAAACACUUUCUUGGGAAAUCUCCUAGUCUUCACAGCUAAAAGCCAACGGGACCAUUUAAACCUUAAACUAAUCAGAAUAUGAAGAGUCUGUCUCCCUGCGGCUAAAAUGGAUACCCCUUUCUACCACGACGAAGCCCCGGGUAUUCCUCACAAUUUCGGACAACACCAUGCAGAUUACCAACGUUACCAGGGCCACAAGAUGAUGAGUAAAAAAGUGGCACAUAACUUCUCAGGAGGUUCCCACAGCAGCUCUGGUCUGAAACUGUUACAAAACCAGCCAGGGAGCAACUGCAACAGCAACCCUAAUAACCUGGGAGGGAUUAACAGCAACACAAACAGCUCCUUAAUACCCGGCUGCUUGUCAGAUAUGAACCUUCUGAAGCUAGCCUCCCCUGACCUCGAGCACCUCAUCAUCCAGUCUAACCAGGGCUUGGUGACGACGUCUCCCGUCCCCAACCCUAACGGAGGUAACCCCUUCAUGUACCGGAACAACGCCACUAACGAACAGGAGGGUUUUGCCGAUGGGUUCGUCAAAGCCCUGGCGGAUCUCCAUAAACAGAACCAGCUGGUUGGAUCUCCCAUGUCCCCGUCCUCCUCUAUACAAGGCCCCUACCAGAGGAACAUCAUGCCUGUAGGAGACCUGCCCAUCUAUACCAACCUCAGCAGCUACAACCCCAACCACCCCAGCCAUAUAUCAUCAUCAUACCCAGGGGGUCAGAUGCCCGACGUCUACCCAGGCCACGGACCCCACGGACCCGGAGGCCAAGGGUCCCACCAUCCCCACAACAGAGGCCCGGAUGCCCCUCAGACUGUCCCAGAGGUCCCUCACCCUCCCGGGGACCCCACCUCCUCCCCUCCCUCACUGUCUCCGAUCGACCUGGAGACCCAGGAGAGGAUCAAAGCCGAGAGGAAGAAGCUACGUAACAGGAUCGCGGCGUCGAAGUGUCGUAAAAGGAAACUGGAGCGGAUCUCCAGGCUAGAGGAGAAGGUGAAGGUUCUGAAGACCCAGAACUGUGACCUGACCUCCACCGCCUCGAUACUGAGGGAACAGGUGGCCCAGCUCAAACAGAAAGUCAUGAAUCACGUCACCAACGGUUGCCAGAUAGCAGUCAGUUCAGCCACCCUGCAGGCCAACAGCACCGGGGACAGGGAGAGCACCAGCUGCUGAUCAAUGGACUCUACUGUACAGGGAUGAGGAGGGUUGUGAUGAUAAGUGAAAUAUGCUAACUACGUGAGGGGUUGAGGAGAAGGGAGAAUCCCACCUCUCUCUGCUAACUAUGUGAGGGGUUGAGGAGAAGGUGAGAAUCCCACCUCUCUCUGCUAACUACGUGAGAUGUUGAGGAGAAGGGAGAAUCCCACCUCUCUCUGCUAACUACAUGAGAUGUUGAGGAGAAGGUGAGAAUCCCACCUCUCUCUGCUAACUACGUGAGGGGUUGAGGAGAAGGGAGAAUCCCACCUCUCUCUGCUAACUACGUGAGAUGUUGAGGAGAAGGUGAGAAUCCCACCUCUCUCUGCUAACUACGUGAGAUGUUGAGGAGAAGGUGAGAAUCCCACCUCUCUCUGCUAACUACAUGAGAUGUUGAGGAGAAGGUGAGAAUCCCACCUCUCUCUGCUAACUACGUGAGAUGUUGAGGAGAAGGUGAGAAUCCCACCUCUCUCUGCUAACUACGUGAGAUGUUGAGGAGAAGGUGAGAAUCCCACCUCUCUAACCUCUACAAACAUUUUGAGUUGUAGUAGUAACACAACAAGAAAAGUACAUGGGACAUUUUCACUUUUAUUUUGCCCUCGCGCAGCCCUGAGAGUGACCAAAGGAACGUCUGCUCAAUAGGAGAGAACCAGACUGACGGCUGCACUCUACAACACUGAACCAAGUAAUCAUUAGAGUGAGGAGCAGAGGACGUUGUUUCUCUAGUAUGCAGUUCAGUAGGUCCAGGGUGCUUUGUGGCAAACAGGAAUUCUAAUAACGGAGAGAGUAUGAAACAUUCGGGGUUCCCUAAGGGGGGGGGGUUACCGUCCCGUCACCUCAGAACAAGAAUUUCUACAUUCUAGGUCAUCUCUAUGAUCUUUUAUUUAUUUUUUUAUCAAAAGACUGUUCUAUGGUACUUUUACCUGAGUAUUGUCAGUUAUACUUGUCAUUACCUGAGUAUUGUCAGCUAUAUUGGCAUUACCUGAGUAUUGUCAGUUAUACUUGUCAUUACCUGAGUAUUGUCAGUUAUAUUGGCAUUACCUGAGUAUUGUCAGUUAUAAUUGUCAUUACCUGUGUAUUGUCAGCUAUAAUUGGCAUUACCUGUGUAUUGUCAGUUAUAUUGGCAUUACCUGAGUAUUGUCAGUUAUAAUUGUCAUUGCCUGAGUAUUGUCAGCUAUAAUUGGCAUUACCUGUGUAUUGUCAGCUAUAAUUGGCAUUACCUGUGUAUUGUCAGUUAUAUUGGCAUUACCUGAGUAUUGUCAGCUAUAAUUUGCAUUACCUGAGUAUUGUCAGCUGUAAUUGGCAUUACCUGAGUCAGACGAUAAGGUUACAUCUGUAGUAAAGUGUGAGUUUGACUUUAGAACAAUUUCAAAAUGACAAUUAACGGUACUAGGAGAAUCUCGUGUGGCACCUCAAGGCCCUGAGCUUACUCAUUCUAAACUGUAGUUUGAAGUUAUGGGAAUUAAAGCUUUUUCCAGCUUUUUCAACAAACAAAAAAAAGUAAUUGAUCAAAGUAUCACAAUGUUGUUGAUCAACUCCAUCGGUCGUAAUAAUGUGAUGUAGAUAAAAAGGUGCAGAUUUAUUUGUUUGAGUCACUUUAGUCUCUUGUAUUGGAAUAUAUUAUCUGUCUGGUUAGAAUUGUGCAAUGUGUGUAUGAAGAUGACAGCAAAACCACCUCUUGAGUCUUUCAACUCUAAGGACUGGAUACAAUCCAUAUCGCCAAAGUAUUGCCAAAUAUCCGCGUUACAGCUUGUUUGAACUUUAAAGGCAAUGUUCCCGCGUUUGCAGAGACUGCAUUCACGGUAAAAGCUGCAUAUGUCGGCUUAAUGGGAAAUUACCUUUUCAUUUUAAUACGGAUCUUGCGGGAUCCGGAUUGAAUCCAGACCUAAAUGUGUUUUUAUUAAAUAACUGUGUUCAUGUGAAACAGACAGAAGCUUCUGGUGAUAUAGAAAUAGUUUAAAGAGAUUUAAACCAAUCACAACUUUGUAAGAUAAACUUUAUAGUAACAAAGAUUACUAUUGGUUGUCAUUAUGGAACAUGGCUAAUUCAUUUUUGGAACCUUGGUAAUUCAUUUUGGAACCUUGGUAAUUCAUUUUGGAACCUCGGUAAUUCAUUUUGGAACCUUGGUAAUUCAUUUUGGAACCUCGGUAAUUCAUUUUGGAACCUUGAUAAUUCAUUUUGGAACCUUGGUAAUUCAUUUUGGAACCUUGGUAAUUCUGAAAGAUUUUCCUACAACCAAAAUACCUUUUGCACUGUUCUUCCUGUAAUAAUGCCGACCUAUAGGUUUUAGUGUAGGAGUAAAAUUAUGUUCAAUGUGGUAACAUUGUGGAUCAGUGCUGUGUUAACCUGAACUACACUGUGUCAGAUACAUUUUAGAUAAACUUGUUGUGUUAAUCGACGGACGGACGGACGGACAGACGGACGGACGGACGGACGGACGGACGGACGGACGGACAGACAGACAGACAGACAGACAGACAGACAGACAGAAAGGGAAGAGGCUUCUUGAGAAUGCAGCAAGCUACAAUGAAGUAACAAGACAAGGGCUUUUAAUCAAUAGUAGAUUGUGAUUUUAUUUCUUGUUUUAAAACAUUUCUGGAACAAUUUAUUUAUGCAAAAUGUAUCUUUGGUAUUUAUGUUUUUGGGGAAAUGUGAUAUUGCACAUAAAUCAAAACAUGAAAUCUUGUCUGAUAUUUAUCUGUGGUCUCAACAUGGACUCUGUGUAGGCAUGUUUCUACAAACUAUUUCGUACUUUAUUUAAAACGUUUUCCUAUGAUUGUCGAUAAAGUAUUUAAAUCAUAUAAUAAGCGCUCUAUUUUCUACAUGAAUUAGCGUAACUUCUUCACAAAAAACAAUGAUUUAGUACAGUGGACCAACAUGGCAACUUAAAGAAAACUGUUUUGUUGAUUGAUGCUUAAACAUUUUUUUAAAGAUUCGUUUAAAUCUCUGUAAGUACUAUUACAUAGUUGGUGCACUGAAUGUACUUUCCUGUAAUUACAGUAUAUACAUAAACAAUGGUAUUUAUGUACACAGAGUGUACAAAACAUUAGGAACACCUUCUUAAUAUUGAGUUGCACCCCCCCCUUUUUACCCUCAGAACAGCCUCAUUUCGUCAAGGCAUGAACUCUACAAGGUGUCGAAAGCGUUUCCACAGGGAUGCUGGCCCACUGUUGACUCCAAUGCUUCCCCACAGUUGUGUCAAGUUGGGUGGUGGAUACAUUGUUGAUACACACGGGAAACUGUUGAGUGUGUAAAACCCAGCAUCGUUGCAGUUCUUGACACACUCAAAACCGAUGCGCCCGGCACCAACUACCAUACCCCCGUUCAAAGGCACUUAAAUAUUUUGUCUUGCCCAUUCACCCUCUGAGUAGCACACAUACGCAAUCCAAUGUCUCCAAUUGUCUCAAGGCUUAAAAAAUCCUUCUUUAACGUGUCUCCUCCAACUCUUUCUACACUGAUUAAAGUGGAUUUAACAGGUGACAUCAUUAAUGGGAUCAUAGCUGUCACCUGGAUUCACCUGGUCAGUCUAUGUCAAUGGAAAGAGCAGGUGUUCUUAAUGAUUUGUACACUCAGUAAAUGUCUUAGUCUGGAGAGAAAAAAAAAAAAAACAAUAAUCAAGACAGACUUUAAAUCUCUCAAAUAAUUUUUGUGAGCGUCAAGGAAAAUAUGUAUUUUUUUUUUUUUACUUGAAUAAGUCACAAAUGAUAAUGAUUAUAUUUUUGUACAAAAUGUAUUAAACGUUCUUAAAGUUCAA